CUGAACACUCAUUAUACUCACAAUGCAGUAACAGUAUGGAGACUGCUACACUGUACAUACGUGUAUGUCUACUUGUUCUCUGUGUCCAGAUGUUAUGUGCAGAGAACAGAGUGUCUCUCCUAAACCCACCAGAAGAAGCUGUUCCAGACCAACAUUUAAAAGUCCUGUACUCCUGUGAGCAACCAGCCUGGGUCCACCUCCACUGCAUCGUAUCUUUCGACUCUGGCUCAGUUUUGACCAUUGAGCUCAGAAAUUGGAGCUGUGAGCCAGGGCACCCCAGAAUCCGCUCCCUUACCCUGGUCCUUCCUGAUUGGCUGGUGUACCGGCCAGAUGGGACAGUGAGGUUCUCCCAGUGGGUGCUCGUCUGCCUCCUGCGGGUGUCCCUCAUAGUCAUGGGGGAGGGCAGUUUGGUGGUGCAAGACGUGGCAUCGCUGGAGCCAAAGCCCUUAUACAGACGUCCACUGAAACAACACAAACUGUGCUUUGGCUGGAGAGCAGAGAUGCAAAUGUUAGCUCAUCCGUUGGAAAAAAUGGUGUGUCCGAUGGAGGAAGAGACGGUCACUCUGCUGUCCUCAAUCUUUGCCUCCACUGGGGAACACUUCGGCAUCACUAAGACACUGCAGCCCUUCAACAAUGAACUCCUGGAGCAUCUCAGACUUAAGAAAAUCUCAUUCGCCAGAUGUGCGUUUUCCUUGUGGCUCUUGGUGACUGAACCAUGCAACCAGCCGAGUCUGUGUGGCGUGCUCCAUCGCAUCGAUCGACAGGGAAGCUACGUCACUCCUGCGCUUUUUCUCACUCCCUCAGGUCAGCUGCAUGUCCAGGUGAGUGGAGAGGCUCAGUUGUCCAGUGCUUUCCUCUGCUCCUUUAGAGUCCCCAUGAGAGAGUGGUGUCACAUCACAGUGGAGCUACAUGGAACUAUGGUGGAUGUGUCCAUGGUGUGUUUGGAGAAGGACCAGAAAAGAGUCCACUCUGCUCAGCAUUUAUUUAGUCAUAACCUGGUGAUGGACGACACUGAAGGCUACUUUGUGAUUGGAGGAGGCAAGUUCAUCCGCUCAGUGGUGGGUUUCUUUGGACCAGUGGUGAUUUAUCGCAACAGGAUCCCUGAACAUGUCCAGACUGCAGAAGAACUUCCACACAGUAUCCGGGCACUGAAUUUGAGCAGUUGGCUGCAGAAGUGUGAUGACUUUCACCACCACAUGAGCCUGACAAUCAAAGAAUAUGUACAUAAGAGGACUCACACAGAGAGCUGUUUGGAUGCCUAUAACCUGUACAUGAAGACUCACAGACAGGCUGGAGGUCCACAGUGUGAGGACUGGGUGGUUGUCCCUGCAAACAGAAAGUAUGCUGCAAAGGUGGCGAGGUUCUUAGUCUCUAAAAGAGGAGGCAGAGUGAGUGUGAAAGCUGUGGGCCGAGCUCUGUUCCGCUUGUCUUUGCAGAAGCUGGGUGUCUCUCUGUCGCCCUCUUCUGUCCGGACAGUGUUGCCUUGGCUGCAGCAGGCUGGCUGUCUACAUGAGCCCACUGCACUGCACUUGUCUGCUGCACUCUAUUCCGCUGGACUGGGGGUUCAGCAAAGCUCGGACAAGUCCUGGCUCCUGUCCCUGCUCUCAGCUCAGGGGGACCACAGAUUGUCUCUCCUGCGGUUGGGCUUCUUACAUCUCCAUGGUCUUUCCGGACUGCCCACAGACCCAGAUCUGGCCUAUGCCUACUACGCCAACAUCGGCCAGCAGACUGUGACUGACCGUCUCUGCCCCUCAGCUCAGCAGGCAACUGUUGAGGUAGUUCACCUGACUGACGAGGAAACACUGGAGCAGCAGACCAGUGAAGACCACCACAUCUUCCAGUGGCUCAAGUUCCUGGCUCAAAAGGGAGAGGCGCAGGCUGAGCAAAUGAUGGGGCAGAUGCUGUUCUGGGGUCAGCAGGGCGUGGCCAGUGACCUUCACAAGGCUGCGAGGCACUAUCAGAGAGGAGCCGAGCUGCAUGAGGACCCUGUGUCUAUGUACGACUAUGGCAUAGUACUGCUGCAGGGCCAAGGAGUUGAAAAGGACAUUCCCAAAGCGCUCGUUUAUCUCAAGAAAGCAAUGGACAGGGGUUCAGUUCCUGCCCUGAGUGCUCUGGGAUGGUACUACGAGCGCUAUGAGAAGAACUACGUGAAGGCAGUGGAACUGUGGGAGCGCGCGGACCUCCUGGAAAGUCCUGAUGCUGCCAUGAACCUGGGAGCCAUGUACUUACAGGGAAACUACCCAAACAAACCACCCAACGAGUUUUUAGCAUACCAGUACUUCCUUAAGUCAGCCAAUAGAGGACACAUCAAAGCAGCCAAUCAGGUGGCAGAAAUCUGGACCACGGGGCUACCUGGAUAUGUGGACAGGAAACCACUUGACGCUGUGAGAUUGUCCAAAUGGGCCGCUGAGCACAAUGGGUACCUGGGCAGUGUGUUACGGAGAGGACUUGACUCGUACUUGAAGAAUGACAUGCUUCGUUCUCUAUUGUUCUACCUCAUGGCUGCUGAAUCCGGUUUUGCAGACGCUCAGUUUAAUGUGGCAUAUUUAUGUGAACAGAAUACAGGACAGUUUCUACAUCCUGCUUUCACUUCAUCUUGCAUGUGGAAAUACUAUAAUCUCACCAUCCACAGUGUGACUCCACACACUUAUGCCUUGAUAAAGCUGGGUGAUAUGCUGUACCAGGGUCAUGGAGGCAGACAGAAGGAUGUGGAUACUGCCGCUCACAUGUACACAACAGCAGCUCUGAGGAGGCAGCCACAGGGUCUCUACAACCUUGGAUGCCUGGUGGAAGAGGGAUAUACGCUGCCAUUGUCCAUACUCAUUGAUCUGGGCCUCUCCGCGCUGUACCAGUCAAACCAGAGUGUGAUCCUGAAGACUUUAUAUCAAAAAUGCAGGGAUUCGGAUGAUGCAGAUUCCUUCUUGCCCUGCAGUCUCACCCUCCUCGGUGUCUACCUCCAGGAGCUACAUGAGGACUACAGUGCUUCUAUAAAGUACUGGAGUGUGUUGGUAGCGACCCUGGCCCCAACGUUCUAUCUGCUCCUGAGCAGAUAUGGGCAGAGAGGCAGGAGUCCCAGCACAGGACUACGACCAGUGCCACAGCCAGGACGUGGUGAAGUCUGAGAUCAAGAACAAGCAUGGACCUAAAUAUGUACUGUAUUUACAAUGAUGGAAAGU